UUGACCACUGCAUCUCCCCUUUCUCUCCAGCGAUGGCGGAGUUCCAUGUCCAGCCGCGGUCAGUGCGUGCGGAGGAGGCGGGCAUGGGGCGGUUCCAGUGCCAGAUUCACGGCCUGCCUGAGCCUGCCAUCAGCUGGGAGAAAGAUGGCCGCUCUGUGGACACUAAGGAUGAGAGGUAUACCCUGCUCCCCACUGGUGUCCUGCAGAUCACAGGUCUGCGUCAGGAGGAUGGUGGUGUGUUCUGCUGUGUGGCCCACAACAGUGCAGGAGUAAAGCACAGUGCCGGGGCUCGCCUCACCGUCUCAGUCUCCCAGUCUUCUGUUUACAAAGAGCCCAUGAUCCUCGUGGGUCCUGAAAACCUCACUCUCACCGUUCACCAGACGGCCAUCUUGGAAUGUGUUGCCACAGGAUAUCCCCGCCCCAUCGUGUCAUGGAGCAGGCUUGAUGGCCGUCCGAUUGGUGUGGAGGGCAUCCAGGUGCUGGGUACAGGGAACCUGAUGAUCACAGAUGUUGGGGUGCAGCACUCUGGCAUCUACGUCUGCGCUGCCAACAAACCAGGGACCCGUGUACGCAGAACCGCUCAAGGACGUCUGGUGGUCCAAGCCCCAGCAGAGUUGGUGCAGCCUCCCCAGUCCAUCUCCCGGCCGGUGGGCACCACUGCUAUCUUCACCUGCCAGGCGCAGGGCGACCCUGUGCAGCUCACCUGGCUGAAGAACGGGCAGAUCUCUGGAGCCUGGAGGGACGUCAAACUCAGGAAAACAACAC